AUGGAUGGAUAUUUCUUGGUUAAAGAAGUGAACAAGGCUAAACAUGUAUUCAACUCUUUUGUUCCAAGAGGAGUUGGACCAGAUAUUCACAGCUACAGUGUCAUGGUAGAUGGAUUAUGUAAGAGUAGAAUGGUGGAUGAAACAGUGAAUCUAUUCAAAGAAAUGCAUUUGAAAAACAUGGCUCCUAAUACUUUAACAUACAAUUUGCUUAUUGAUGGACUUUGUAAAUCGGGAAGAAUCUUUGAUGUUUGGGAUCUUAUAGAUGAGAUGCAUGACAGAGGCCAACCUGCUAAUGUGAUCACUUAUAAUUCUUUAUUGGAUGCUUUGUGCAAAAUCCAUAAGGUUGACGAGGCAAAUGCAUUACUAACGAAGAUCAAAGACCAAGGGAUUCAUCCGAGCUUGUAUACAUACACUAUACUUGUUGAUGGACUAUGCAAAAAUGGAAGACUUGAGGAUGCACAAGAGAUUUAUAGGGAUCUUUCGAUUAAAGGCUAUCAUUUAAAUGCUAGAAUGUAUACUGUGAUGAUUAAUGGCCUUUGUAAAGAAGGAUAUUUGGAUGAAGCAUUUUCAUUUUUCCCUUUUAUUGCAGUGCGGUUGAUGUUGAUCAGUGGAUUGGUACAAGCAACAAUUUAUAGACUUUUUGAGGAGCAUUUAUGA